AUGACGUCGGACCUGCUUGCCGGCUUCCCGGCAAACGCACCACCCAAACCCAAGACGAAACUUCGAUUCGCAGAUGUCGCAGUGACAGCAACAGCAAAAGAUUUCGCCGGCUUCUACAGGGGAAAACAAUACCACCAACCAGACUUUGACGCCGUCUUCGACCGCGCCUCGGCCGCAGGCAUCGACAAGGUGAUGCUCACGGGCAUGUCCCUUAGCGACGCAGCCAAGAAUCUCUCCAUUGCCAGAUCGCGGCCAGCGGGGACGUGUUUCGUGACGAUUGGCAUCCAUCCGUAUCACGCCGCGGAGCCCGAUGCUGAAGAAGAUGGCGGCGAGGAAGGUCAUUUCAAAAAAUUGGCAGAGGUCGUCCGCGAAACGUUGAGCUCCACAUCGGAAGGCAAUCCAUCGCCGUUGGCUGCGUUUGGCGAGUUGGGGCUGGACUAUGACCGCCUGAACCACGCGUCCAAGGAGGCGCAGAUUCGUACUUUUAAGCGGCAGUUGGACCUUUUUGUCGAGGAAAAGCUGGAUUUGCCCCUGUUUCUCCAUUGUCGCGCUGCGUACGAUGACUUCGUGGAGAUCAUCAAGCCAUACCUCCCUAACCUCCCCCGCCGCGGGCUGGUACACUCCUUUGUGGGCGCCUCGGCUCAGAUGAGAACCCUGGUGGAGCUCGGCUUCGACGUCAGUGUCAACGGCUUCAGCUUCCAGGACAGGUGA